CUUGUGAAGCUCUUGUUGACCUCCUAACAUAACACAAAUUCACAUAAUCACUUUCUUUGUUGUGACAAUGAACAGCUCUUCCUUCCCCUCAGCAACUCUAACUUCUACAGCAACUUCUCUGUCUAGGAAUGGACUCAUUGAAACGCCUUUUGGCUAUUCUCAGUUCCUCAAGUUUCCCUCUUUAAAGAAGCAUCCACUUGCAAAAAACCUCAAGCUGGUUGAUUUCAGAGCUCCAGCUUCUGGCGCAAUAAAAAUUCGUUCAGAGGCAGUAGGGGAAACUCCAAAAAAGGCAGAUUUGAAGGAUAAUGAUCUUGCAUUUGUUGCUGGUGCUACUGGCAAAGUUGGUUCACGAACAGUGAGAGAGCUUUUGAAACUUGGUUAUCGAGUUAGAGCUGGAGUCAGGAGUGCUCAGAGAGCACAAGAUCUUGUACAAAGUGUUAAGCGGAUGAGGAUUGAUCCUAAAAUUGCAGAAGAAGGUACUCAAGCUGUAGAAAAGCUUGAAAUUGUGGAAUGUGACUUGGAGAAACCUAGUCAGAUUGGGCCAGCAUUAGGCAACGCUUCAGUGGUUCUAUGCUGCAUUGGUGCCGGUGAGAAGGAGGUUUUUGACAUUACAGGACCUUACCGGAUUGACUAUCAGGCUACAAAAAAUCUUAUAGAUGCUGCAACUGCUGCUAAAGUUAAUCACUUCAUUAUGGUUUCAUCUUUGGGAACAAAUAAAGUUGGUUUUCCUGCAGCUAUCCUGAAUUUGUUCUGGGGAGUCCUGAUCUGGAAAAGGAAGGCAGAAGAGGCACUUAUUGCCAGUGGUCUUCCUUACACUAUUGUCAGACCUGGGGGAAUGGAGCGUCCUACUGAUGCUUAUAAGGAAACUCAUAAUAUUACCCUUUCACAGGAAGAUACUUUAUUUGGUGGCCAGGUGUCUAACCUUCAGGUGGCAGAACUAAUGGCAUGCAUGGCCAGAAACCGUAGCCUUUCAUAUUGCAAGGUGGUGGAAGUAAUUGCAGAGACAACUGCACCACUGAUUCCUAUGGAGGAACUUCUUUCAAAGAUACCAUCUCACCGUGCUGAACCAAAGGACUCAAGGGCCGCAGGUGGGUCUGGUCCGGCAUCACUGAAGAGCACCAUUCCUGAGGAACCUAGUGUUCCUGUUAAAAAGGAAACUGAUGAACCAAAAUCAGAGGCAUUGCAAUCACUUUCUCCUUACAGCACUUAUGAUGAUUUGAAACAACCUACAUCUCCUACUCCAACUCCUCCUGCUGGGCAGAAAGAUUUAACCACCGUUGAUGGACUAUCAACAACUGGGGUUUCUGAUAUUCAAACAGGGACAACAGAGAUAACAUUCAAUGUCACAGAGACAAUACCAGCUCCAAAGGCGACAAUUGAUGUUCCUGAGACAGUACCAGCCCCAGAAGUGCCGCAUAAAAGGCCUCUUUCUCCAUAUUAUGCUUAUGAGGAUUUAAAGCCACCAAGCUCUCCAAGUCCAACACCAAGCGGUCCUCAAGGAAUACCUUCAAGUACCUCAACUCUGGAAGCUCCAUCCCCACUAAGUGGAGGCAAUGAUUUAGCGAAGACAACAGUUGCCAGUGUCACUGAAGAGAGUCUUUCCCAGAAUUUAACUUAUCAUCUUUCACCUUAUUACAUGUAUGAAGACAUGAAGCCUCCAACAUCUCCAAGUCCAUCCCCAAGGAAAUCUUAGAGCAACAAUAACCCAGCAUUUAACAAGAACAAUUGGAACAAUCAGGACUCCAGUCCAGGGAUAUGGUGAGGGAGUUUACCUGUAAUUAUAUGAAGAGGCAAGCUACUGAAAUUACAGGAUUCAUUUCAUAAGUUAUAUGCAUCUAUUUCUUUCAUGUUAUCCAGUUUUCAUCAGAUCUUUCCCAUUUAACAAACUUGCUAUAAUUUAAUGAAGUUUGACAAUUUCAAGCUAAAAAGGAUAUUGAAUGAGAACCAAGCAUUGAGAUUA